AUGACUGAGAAACGUAUUGUCAAGACUGUUCUUUCAAAAGAACAAGCUGAAGGCGUCGGAGCUCGCGUUAGACGAUCCAUUGGAACUUAUGAACUACGAAAUCUCGACCCCUUCUUGAUGCUCGAUGAAUUCUUUGUAAAAGCCCCCGCUGGCUUCCAAGACCACCCUCACAGAGGCUUCGAAACUGUGACAUACAUGCUGGACGGGGUAUUCGAACAUGAAGACUUUGUCGGCCACAAAGGAAAGAUAUUUCCUGGUGAUCUCCAAUGGAUGACAGCAGGCCGAGGAAUCGUGCAUGCCGAAAUGCCAGCUAGUGCGGAGAUGGCACAUGGCUUGCAGCUAUGGGUUAAUCUGCCCAAGAAGGACAAGAUGGUCCCGCCUCGAUACCAAGAAUUGACCGACUCUAAUGUGCCACGAGCUGUCGCUGAUGGUGUGGUGGUGAAGGUUAUAGCUGGUGAAUCGCUAGGAGUCAAGGCAAAAGUACAUACCUAUAUACCCUUGUUUUACUUGGAUUUCAAGAUGGUUCCUGGAAAAGCAGUCACUCAGAAAAUACCGGCUGGCUACACUGGAUUUGUAUACGUCUUGUCUGGAUCAGCUCUAUUUGGUGCCGACAAGACCAAAGGCGAGCCACAUACCACUAUGGUAAUGUCCGAUGAAGGUGACGGCAUCACUAUCGAGACUACAGAGAACGACCACACUCAUUUUGUCAUCAUUGCUGGCGAGAAAAUCAAUGAGCCUAUUGUACAACAUGGCCCAUUUGUCAUGAAUUCGAAGAACGAGAUCUAUGCAGCUAUAACGGAUUAUCAGUUGGGACAGAACGGAUUCGAGGCUGCUGCUGAUUGGCAUAGUGAAAUCGCCAAACGUGGGAUGUAG